AAUGCGCCUUUCUCCAAAAGAAACACACGUGUAACCCUAACCUAUUUUCCAAACAUUUGAAAGAGGUGGUUGUGAUGCAGACGCUUCUGUAAUUUAUGUUGAUAAAUUAAUUUACAAUAUUUAGUUGUAUAAAACUUCGAACUCAUAAUUAUUAUUUCCAAAUAUAGAUACAUUACAAUAAAGAUAAGAUGGCGAAAUCAAGAGUUACAAAUAAACCUCCGCGUAAGGAAGGAUUUAAUCGUUCUAAACACAGCAUGAAUCCAGAACGACCUACGGAAGGAUUAAAAGGUGUAGCAAAAGUACGAUCAAAAGCAACAAUUAGAAGACUACAAAUGUACCGUAACCAAAAGCCAAAACGUGAUCGUACUGGAAAAAUAAUUAGUCCCGCACCUUUCCAAGGAUGGCAACCUUCUGGUACUAUGUCUCGCGUAGAACCUUCACAAAGAUGGUUUGGCAAUUCGAGAGUAAUAUCACAAAAUGCCUUACAAAAAUUUCAAGAUGAAUUAGGGAAAGCUAUGAAAGAUCCUUAUAAUGUAGUUAUGAAGCCCACGCAAUUGCCAGUGACUCUUCUUCAACAGAAGGCUGUAAACGCAAGAGUACACUUGUUAGACACAGAAAGUUUUGAAAGUGUCUUUGGUCCGAAGAAGCUAAGGAAAAAACCAAACUUAACAAUAUCAUCUUACGAUGAAUUACAAAAAUUAGCAGAAGAAAAAGAGGAGACAUAUAAUAAAGAGAAAGACAUAAAAGAUGUAGAUCUAGUACGCCCUGAUACUGGUAUGAGAGAUGCACAAAGAGACUGGGUCAUGGCAGCUGGACAAAGUAGAAGAAUUUGGAAUCAGUUGUACAAGGUCAUAGAUUCAUCUGAUGUUAUUUUACAAGUUUUAGAUGCCAGAGAUCCAUUAGGAACCAGAUCUCCUCCAAUAGAAAAAUUUCUCAAGGAAGAAAAGCCUCACAAGCAUUUAAUGUUUAUUUUAAACAAGGUAGACCUUGUACCAACAUGGGUCACACAAAGAUGGGUGGCCAUUUUAAGCGCAGAAUAUCCAACAAUAGCAUUCCAUGCUUCACUGACACACCCAUUUGGCAAAGGUUCAUUAAUAAAUCUGUUAAGGCAAUUUGCAAAACUACACAUAGAUAAGAAACAAAUUAGUGUAGGUUUCAUAGGGUAUCCCAAUACAGGAAAAAGUUCGAUUAUAAAUACUUUGAGAUCAAAGAAAGUAUGUAAUGUUGCACCAAUAGCAGGUGAAACAAAAGUAUGGCAAUACAUUACUCUGAUGCGUCGCAUUUAUUUAAUAGACUGUCCAGGUAUAGUGUACCCAUCAGCAGAAACUGAUACAGAAAAAGUUUUAAAGGGUGUAGUGAGAGUUGAACGUAUUCAAAACCCUGACGACUAUGUUUCAGAUGUAUUGUCACGUGUAAAGCCAGAAUAUAUACGGAAAACUUAUAAAAUAGCAGAAUGGAGCGAUCACAUAGACUUUUUGGAGAAAUUAGCUUGCAAAAGCGGUAAAUUAUUGAAAAAGGGUGAACCAAAUAUUGUCAUAGUUUCACGUAUGGUUUUGAACGAUUGGCAGCGUGGUAAAUUACCUUUCUAUGUUGCCCCUCCUGGAUUUGAAGAACCCUUAUCAAAAAUAACAACCAGUGAUGAAUCUCCUACAGAAAAUAAUGACACUCAAACAGAAAAUAAUAAUGUCGAAGCAACAGAAAAUAAAGAAGAAAAUGAACAGCCAAAACUUGACCUAGCUGUGAUACAAGAUUUUAGAAAAAUACGAGUUGGUUUGCCGUAUUCAAGGGAUGAUCUUAAAAAUGAUUUAUACGUUAUGAAUAAUGAAGAAGAUAGCUCCACUGAAUCAAACGAGAAUGACAAUGAUGCAGAUGAAAAUCAGGAAAAAUCUAUUAUAGAGUUUGAAGAUGAAGAAGGAGAACCAAAGAAAGACGAAGGAAGCAAUAAGAAUUCAGAAGAUGAAGGCAGUGAAGAAAUGGAUAAUGAUUAUUGCGAUGGCGAAAUUCGUCUUCCUUUAGAGAAAGACACUUUGUUGCAAAGUGCGUAUGAUAUGGUAGAAGAUCAGUAUGAUUCUAGCGACAGUGAGAUGUUUAAUACGAGAGCUGUAUCGGGUAGCGGGGCAUUCAAAGUUUUUUCUGUAUCUACUAAAACAGAAAAACAAACAGGAACAGAGAAAAAAUUAACAAGUAAACAGCGGCGAGCUUUGGAAAGAGCUAACAAACGGAAAAAGAUUGGUAGCAACUUUUACGAAGUUAGUAAUGUUAAGAAUAGAAACAGGAACAGAAGGGUUCCUAAAGUUAAAAGAAAAUAAUUUAUAGAUAACUAGGAUAGAUUAAAAAAAUUUUAAAUAGUGUAGUGUAGUAUUUAAUUUUAUUCUUCUGGUCUUGAGUCCUUUUUUAUCAAUAUGUUUGUACAAAAGUAUGAUCUAAUAAAUCUAUUUGUUGAAUGUUUAGUAAUAAAUCAAUUUCAAAAUGUUUAUAUGCAUUUUACUCAAUAAAUAAAUUUGUAAAAACCAAA